AUGGUCCAACGGGACGUGCACUACGAUCGUCGGUUCGGUUCCGUCUAUCCGCUAUUUCAGCUACUUGGUUUCUCGCUAGUGCCUCUUCGUGGACAAGCCCUGGCAUCUCUCUACACCCUAACAGCCGUCUUCGUGUCACUGUACAUUGGGGGGGAAAUCCUCGUUAUGCUGUACUCACUAACAACACCGGAAGCCGUAUUCUUUCUCAGUGAUGCCACCGGUACCUUUGCCGACGCCAUUCAGUUUGUGAUCCCGCUAACAGUUCCGCUCGUGUCGUUGCUACUAUCCUUAAGCAAACGAUCCACUCAGAAGCGCAUCGCUGCGUUAAUGGAUCGCAUUGAUCAAUUGUGUGAAGUGCACGGGACCACACCGGGGUGUUUGGAGCGCUUCAAUUACCAGCUCACCCAAGACAUUCUCACCAACAUGUUCGUGUACAAUGUGAUACCGGCUGUGAGCGAGUUCUUCAUAAUAUCACGCAUUGCCGGCAAUCCUGUCUGGUACCGGAACUGGUACAUGAAGGUAUGGUUCUUCAUUCUCAUUCGCCUUGGUGACUCGUUCUUUCUGCUGCACGUGCUAUACCUGCGCAAUCGGUAUCGGUUCCUACACAACGCACUUCAGCUCACCGUCUCGACGAAGGUGAGAGACAUUGCCGCUGAUGCGACUCAUCGUCGCCUACUAUGCCUAAAAGAGAUUCAGAAUCUGCUGAAAGAUCUUACCGGCGAAGUAAGCGAUCGUUUCGGUUGGCAACUGUUCGGGGUGAUAACGAUGCUGUUUAUUUGUACCACGAUCGAUGGAUACUGGAUGUAUGCGAGCCUUCACCACGAUGCGAAUCUUUACAAGGUGGAGUCGUUCCUGUGCGGCAUUUCCCCUCUGUUGAUGUUCUUCGCACUGUUCACCACCUGCCAACGAUGUUUGGACGAGGCAGAAAUGACAUUCUACCAUCUGCACAGUGUGUAUAACCGGGCUUUACCGUGCGAAACGGUCUUAUUGAUUGAGAACUUUUCCAAGCAAUUGCACAACGAACGGAUUAACUUUUCAGCAGCAAACUUCUUCGAUCUACGCCUCUCCUCGUUGACUACCGUGAGUAGUAACCUGAAAUAG